CUCUUCACAGAAACAGGUCUUCUUUGACCAUGGAGCCUUUUCCCACCUCCUCUCCUUCAUCCAUCUUAGCAUCCACGGUUCACCUCUCUCUCUCUCUCUCUCUAUCUAUCUCGCUCCCUCUCUCUCAUAGUUGCAUACCAGCCUAUGUUGGUGCCAUGUAGAAUUCGAGCCAUGGCCUUCAAUGUUCUCUACCUCAACUGUUCCUUCCUGCUGCUUCUGACACUCCUUGUUCUCGCAGCUCAUCUCGGUUCCUCCCCUCGAAGCCUUCGCCAACCCAUCAAACAAGAUGGUUGCGAAGGCCUGCGCAGGAUCAACGACCAUGAAGCCAUUUGCUCCUACCUCAAGACACAUGAGCAGGCCUGUGUGCCCCAAGGCUUCAUAGAUUACCUCCGAAUCUUUUACUGCGCUUCCGGCGGCUGCCCUCCUCUGGGUUACGCUCUUCUCCUCCUGUGGCUGUUGCUGCUCUUCUACUUGCUGGGGAACACCGCUUCCCAUUACUUCUGCUCGUCCUUAGAGGGCCUGUCGGGGGUGCUGAGGCUGCCUCCUACCAUUGCCGGCGUCACGCUGUUGUCCCUCGGCAACGGCGCGCCGGACGUCUUCUCGAGCAUCGUGUCCUUCGCGGGCUCUGGCGUCGGCGACGUCGGCCUCAGCAGCGUGCUCGGCGGCGCAUUCUUCGUUUCGAGCGUGGUGGCGGGGAUCAUCAGCAUCGCCGUGGGCUCUCGGUCCGUCGCCAUCGACCGGUCCAGCUUCAUACGUGACCUCUGCUUCUUCCUCCUGGUGCUGAGCUCCCUGCUCGCCAUAUUGAUCGUUGGCAAGAUCGGUGUUUGGGGCUCCAUGGCCUUCGCGUCCCUCUACAUUGCGUAUGUUGUUCUAGUGUGGGCAGGGCAUUACUGCAAGGAGAAACAGAGCGAACUGGUGGUGCCGAUUCUUGAUGGCCUUAUGGUGGAAGAAGAAGAAGACACCGUAGCGAAAGAUGUCGAAGAAGGUGUUCGACCAAAUGCGAAGUCCCCGGUCUCACAGUACCUGAGCUGGUUUCUGUAUCUGCUAGAGAUGCCACUAAAUCUGCCAAGAAGACUCACAAUACCAGAUGUGUCCGAGGAGAGAUGGUCAAAGCCAUUUGCAGUUGCUUCAGUGAGCCUAUCCCCACUCUUCUUGGCAACUCUUUGGAUCUCCCAAAGAGGAGAAGUAGGCUCAGAAGAGAGGAUUACAACCUAUGUUCUUGGUAGCGUGGCGGGGAUGGUGCUGGGGAUCAUUGCAAUUGAGACCACCGAGAAGUCUGCACCUCCAAAGACAUGCCUGCUGCCUUGGCUUGCAGGUGGGUUCCUGAUGAGUGUGAUCUGGUCUUACAUGAUAGCAGGGGAACUAGUGGCACUGCUGGUGGCCAUUGGUGACAUAGCUGGGAUCAGCCCUCUGGUUCUGGGAUUCACUGUCUUGGCAUGGGGCAACUCACUGGGGGACCUGAUUGCCAAUGUUGCAUUGGCAGUCAGUGGUCGAGGGGAUGGAGUUCAGAUUGCCAUCUCUGGGUGCUAUGCAGGUCCAAUCUUCAACACAUUGGUAGGCCUGGGUGUGUCCCUUGUGCUGGCUUCUGGGGCUUCACACCCCUCUCCCUUUGUAGUCCCUCAGGAUAGAGCUAUCUUUGAGACACUAGGGUUCCUGAUAGGAGGUCUGCUGUGGGCUCUUCUCAUGCUGCCAAGGAGGAAGAUGAAGCCAGACAGGGUGCUGGGCAUUGGACUGUUGGCUUUCUACUUGACAUUUCUGUGUUGGAGGCUCUUUGAGAGCCUUCAGCUGGUGAAACUUGGAAUGCCUCUCAACGUGUAACAAGCCAUUCUGAUGCUCUUAAUUGGAGGAUGUGUGCUGAUUGAUAUAGGAUAUACAAAUGUAUACUGUUGCUAUACUAAUUUAAAUAUCUGAUUCUGCUGA